CUGUUGAUAUAGAGUUCCAAAAUUUAAGGGAAUUUAUUUCUCCGUCCAUUUCAAUUACUUAUUUGGAUUUUUUUUAUUGAAUUAAUGAAAAAUUUUGUCUUUUGUUUUUUUAAAACGUAUUAAAAUAAUGUCUUCAUGAGUAAUAGAAAGUAACAUAAAAACUCUAGGAGCCUCUUUGCCCUUUCAGGUGUCUAUAAACCGAGGUAUCUUCCAUCAGAGUUUCUGUUAUACAUUGAAUUUCUAAUCUUCGAUCGAUCGAAUUCUUACUAAAAUUCAAUUUUUCUCAAAAACCCAGAAAGGAAAUGUUUUUUUUUUUUUUUUAUAUUGCAAGAUUUUGCAUUUUUCUUCUCGUUUUUCGUAUACUCUGCAGGCUUGUCCAGAUCACCUGAUUAAGAUCUGGAUUCAGUGAAAAAGGAGCUUCUUUCAUUAAUUUGGUUGUUGGCUUUUUCUUGGUUUUGAGAAUUUUUCUUGAAUUUUAAGGAAUUGUUGGGGAUUUUUUUUUUGGAAUUCUUGCAUUUUUGGUAAAUCCAUGAACCCAAUUCCGAGAAUCAUUAUAAAUGCAAUUUUAAUUAUUUGGUGAUUCUAAUUUAUUUUUUUUCUAUUUUGUGCUCUGUUUUUUAAAGAAAUUUGAUUUUUUUUUUUGUCUUUUUUGAGAAGAGGGGAUUGAAUUUCUGCGAAGAUGGGGGUGAUGUCGAGGCGGGUAUUACCUGUCUGCGGCAACCUCUGUUUCUUCUGCCCCUCACUACGUGCAAGAUCGAGACAGCCUGUGAAACGGUACAAGAAGCUCCUUGCCGGCAUAUUCCCUCGAUCUCAGAAUGGUGAAAAGUUUGUUCUAGGGAGGAUUUCCAAACGUAUGAAUGAGGAUGUAGAACCAAAUGAUAGGUUGAUUUGUAAGCUCUGCGAAUAUGCUUCAAAAAACCCAAUGCGGAUUCCAAAGAUUACAGGGGACCUAGAGCAGAGAUGUUACAAGGGAUUGCGAAAUGAACAUUUUGGCCAAUCUAAAGUAGUGGCAUGCAUUUAUAAGAAACUGUUAGCUUCAUGUAAGGAGCAGAUGCCACUAUUUGCUAGUAGCUUAUUGUCUAUUGUAAGGACUCUUCUAGAGCAGACACGACGUGAUGACAUGCGCGUUCUAGGUUGCCAAACCCUUGUCGACUUUAUAAAUUGCCAGAUAGAUAGCACAUACAUGUUCAAUUUAGAAGGCCUCAUACCGAAACUUUGCCAAUUGGCUCAAGAAGUAGGGAAAGAUGAAAGAGGGCUUCGUUUGCGUUCCGUGGGGUUGCAAGCUCUUGCGUACAUGGUGUGGUUCAUGGGUGAGUACUCGCAUAUCUCGAUGGACUUCGAUGAUAUUGUUUCAGUGACCUUGGAGAAUUAUGAGGUUCCCCAAAUAACCCCAGAAAAUACCAAGCAGGAUGUCCAAUCCAUGCAGCCUCAAGAUCCUUGGGUGCAAGAAGUGCUGAAAGUAGAGGAGAAUGGUUCAUCAUUUCCUAACAUUGGAAAGAAGGUUCCUUCACUACAUGUUGCCCUCGGUACCAAAGCUGCAUUAGAUGCCACAGUCAAUUCAACCAAAAGCCCUGCAUAUUGGUCGAGAGUUUGCCUGCAAAACAUGGCUGCUUUGGCAAAGGAGGGCACUUCUGUGCGGCGUGUUUUGGAACCCCUAUUUCGCAAUUUUGAUUCUGGGAAUCAUUGGUCUCCUGAGAAUGGACUUGCCUUUUCAGUUUUAUCUGAUAUGCAAUUAUUGAUGGAAAAGUCAGGACAGAAUGGUCAUCUAAUGUUGUCUAUAUUGGUCAAGCACUUGGAUCACAAAAAUGUCAAUAAACAGCCCAGCAUGCAGAUUGAUGUAGUCAACGUUACCACAAAUCUAGCUCAACACUCAAGGCCGGAGCCUUCUGUAGCUAUAGUUGGUGCAACAAAUGACCUGAUGAGAUACUUGCGCAAAUGCUUCCAGUGCUCCAUUGAAUUACCAAAAUCGGGAGAUGCCAUAAAUGAGCAAAAUGCUGCUCUGCAUUCUGCUCUAGAGAAGUGCCUCAUACAGCUAGCAAAUAAGGUUGGGGAUGUUGGACCUAUUCUUGAUAUGAUGGCUGUUGUGCUUGAGAGUAUCCCGACCACUCCUGUUGUAGCCAGAACAACUGUUUCUGCUGUUUAUCGUACUGCACAGCUAGUAGCAUCUGUCCCAAAUGUGUCAUAUAACAAGAAGCCUUUCCCAGAAGCUUUAUUUCUCCAGCUGCUCUUACUAAUGGCCCACCCGGACCCCAAAACACGGGUUGGUGCCCAUCGCAUUCUUUCGGCUGUGCUUGUGCCAUCGCUGGUUUGUCCUUGGGCUGUUCCCUCUGUUCCAGGGUCACCAAAAGGACAAGCACCAUUCAGAACUCUUUCAAUUGCUCUGUCAAGCUUCUCUUCUUCAGCUUGCAUUUCGGAUAUGUCAAGGAAUAGAACCUUUUCCAGGCAAGAAAGCAAAGAUGAAACAGGUGCUGCCAAUGGAGGGGCAAGUAAUAAUUUGGGGCACAAUGAUGCUGAGGAAGGAAGCCAGAAUGCGAAUACAGAUGUAAAACAUUAUACAGCACUUCCAUCACGCUGUCAACAUCAUAGCAUUAAGCUUUCUCCUCUAUCUUCAGUGACUGAUGGAAGGACAGUUAUGGAAUCUAAGAAGGAGCUGACUUCACUUCGGUUGAGUAGUCACCAAGUUGGUCUUCUUCUUUCGUCGAUAUGGGCUCAGGCAACAGCUCCUGAAAACACUCCUGCAAAUUUCGAGGCAAUGGCCCACACUUACAACCUUGCUUUAAGGUUUUCUCAGGCCAAGGCCUCUAGCCAUGUUGCUCUGGUUCGGUGUUUUCAGCUGGCUUUCUCUCUUAGGAUCGUUGCUCUUGCACGAGAUUGUUGUUUGCAGCCAUCUCGUCGAAGGUCUCUCGUUAUGUUAGCAUCAUCGAUGCUUAUAUUUUCAGCAAAAGCAGGGAAUCUUCUGCAAUUAAUUCCCAUUGUUAAAGCAACUCUCACAGAUAAAACGGUUGAUCCUUAUCUUCAACUGAUUGAAGAUAGCAGCCUGCAGGCUGUUGAGGAAACAGCCUAUGGAUCCCAGGAAGAUGAAGCUGCCGCCUUGGAGUCUCUCUCAGCAAUAGAAAUGGACAAUGAUCAUUUAAAAGAGACCGUGAUAUCCCAUUUUACAAAAAGAUAUGGAAAAUUACCAGAGGAGGACUUGUCGGGAAUGAAAAAGCAACUCCUACAGGAAUUUUCACCUGAUGAUGUAUUUCCGCUGGGAGCUCCAUUGUUCAUGGAGACGCCGCGACCAUGCUCCCCACUUGCUCAAGAGUUUCCACCUUUUGAUGAGGUUCCCGCUAUCAUGCCUACAGGUUCCUUUACAGAUGAUGAUGCUUUCCCUGAGGUGAGCGGAAGUCAAUCAGACCGAAAAACAUCACUCUCCACAAAUGCACUCGAUAUCUUAAGCGUUAAUCAGCUGUUAGAAUCAGUCCAUGAGACAGCCCGACAAGUCGCUAGUGUCCCAGUUCCCAUCGCACCUGUACCUUAUGACCAAAUGAAAAACCAGUGUGAGGCCCUUGUGAUGGGAAAACAGCAGAAGAUGUCGGUACUUCAAAGCUUCAAGCAACAACAGGAUCUCAUGCAGAUCGGCUCGCCAGAAAGAACUGAGAAGACAGAUUCUGCUUCUGCAUAUGAGAAGAUGGAAUGGUCAGAGCUAGAUUCAAAACUGAUUGAAUCAGAGGAAGUUCAAGGCUGCAAGACCAGCGAUUACGGCCGGUCUUUCAUGCUACCGCCUUCAAGCCCGUACGACAAGUUCUUGAAAGCUGCCGGAUGUUGAAGAAAAAGACUGUUGUACACUUGUGUGACCAUCUGUAGAUUGCAAUAUGAUAUUUUUAUGAUAUCUUUUUUUUUCCCCUUGAUCUUUUGGAACUUUGUGGGUAAUUUUUUUAAUUCUUUAUUUGUAGAAUAAGGACAGUAUAUGUUAGUUGGUGGACUGGUUUUCAGUUGGUGUUUGGUAAUUCGGUGCACAUCUGGGAUGAAGAGUAGUGAAGGGCAAGAGGACAUUUUUGUCAUUUUAUUUUGACAGCACAUUUUUUUCA